GAAAAAAAAGAAAAUGUUAUUUCCUUUUGCACUUAGGCCUUACUAUUCUUAAUCUGGCAGCGAAGGGUGCAACAUCAAAAUUUCAGUUCUGGUGAAAGCUGGGUGAUUGUUUGAGCUUCUGGCCAAAUAUCUGUAUUUUGAGUCUCUUUUAUAUAUUGAUCCUUAGAUCAGAAUGGCACGAGGACAACAAAAAAUUCAGUCCCAGCAGAAAAAUGCCAAACGACUGAAUGACAAGAAAAAGCAAGAAGGCCAUGAUCAGAAAGCUGCUGCUCAAAAAGCCCUUACCCAUGUCUGCACCGUUUGCAAGGCUCAGAUGCCAGAUCCCAAAACACAUAAGCAACACUUCGAAAAUAAACAUCCGAAAUUACCUUUACCUGAUGACCUGAAAGAUGUUUAAUUCAUAUUAUAAAGUUUUUAUACUAUAUGUCCAAGCUUGACAUUUUUUUCUUUCCAUUUGUAAUUUAUCAGUAUAUGCUGUGCUUCUCUUAUCCAAAAUCUGUCCUUCAAAAUUUUGUAUUGAAUAAAUGAAAUGUUACUAUUUUGUGUCAUUUCAUUGUUUUUGGUGAAAUGAGAUUUUGUAUUUAAAAGAAGCGGUACAUUUUGACUUAUGCUUUUAUUAAAGUGUUGUAAGUAAA